AUGGCACCAGCGGUGCUUCUACUCGCUCCCAUGCUGAGCGCGCACUCGCGCCCAGCGGCCACAGCUGUCACGCGGCGUGCAGUGCUCGCAACUUCUGCUGCGGUGUCGCCGCUGCUGGCGUGGCAUCUAUCCGCGAGCGCCGCGGACACCGCCUCUGUCGCGUCGACACUGAGGGCUGCCGGCCGGGAAAGCAAGAUCGAUGAGCGCAAGGAGCGGGAGUUGCUUGAUGAGAUGCGCAAGAUCAAACGGGCGGAGGAGAUGGAGGCGGCGGAGCUCCGACGGCUUAGCGCGGCGCAAGAGAACCGGCUGGCGCUGGCGACAAACGUCGAGUCGCCAGAGAGACUUGCGGAGGAGAUGUCGGAGGACAGAAAGGCCCUCGAGGCGGACGAGAGGGAGAUCGCGUUCAUCAGAGAGGAGUACAAGGAGGGCAUGGCCAAACUGCGCAAGGAACGGUCGGAAGUGCUUCGGAGAAGGCCUACCUCAGCUAUCGAUCGGUUGAGGUUGAAGCAAGAUUGA